CGGCCUGUCCCCACCCGCCAGAGCAACUUCACUCGUGCUCCAUCCUAGCUCUGACGUCUGCCCACAACCGCCUCCUCACACGCUCCCGAGCGCAUAUCCUGGCACGAGGCCCGCACGCGACUGAACGCUUUCACCACGACUCCCUCACCUGCCGUCCGCCUGUCAAUGGAGCCGAACAAUCGCUAGUCAUCGUGUUACUCAAGUGCUGCGGGGUUUCCGCAACACUGAGGCACCGCACAGGGGACGACGGCCUGUAUGCGUCCACCCCUCUCUUCCCGCCCUCUGAAUCAAGCUCUCUAACAAGCCGGCAAUGGCAGUACCCCUAAUGUCGACACACGAACCCGCGCCGCCGUCCCCGCCUAACGUUCCCGACCGGUAUGCGCCUUCCGCCGUGACAGUUGAACAGCGAGACAUGUCCACCCCAAACCAACAGCGCACCUGGAGCUCUCCUGUCGCCGCCCUCGCCAUCAGGGUUUCCAAACUCCCCGAUAGCUCCGUCAAUGCCUUGUGCGGAGCGUCUGCUGGAGUUGCUUCGGGCAUAGUGACGUGCCCGCUCGAUGUUAUCAAAACCCGCCUGCAGGCGCAAGGCUCUUUCCGUCCGAGGACGUACACCGGGCCAACGCGCACAGUGUACAAAGGCCUCACCGGUACUGCGCGAGUGAUAUGGAUCGAGGAUGGCAUCCGCGGCCUGUACCGAGGACUCGGGCCCAUGCUGCUUGGAUACAUUCCGACCUGGGCCGUCUACAUGAGCACUUACGAAUCUACCAAAAACGUCCUCUAUCCUCAAAUGGAGAAUAAAUGGCUCGCUAGGACCAUCGCCUCGUUGUUUGCUGGUGGCUGCUCGACGCUAGUCACCAAUCCCAUAUGGGUCGUCAAGACGAGACUCAUGUCCCAGGUCAGCGCCCGCGCAUCGCCCGAACACCGGCCGCCAUGGCACUACACAAGCACCUUUGACGCCUUUCGCAAAAUGUACCUCAAGGAAGGCGUUGCCUCCUUCUACUCGGGACUUACACCUGCGCUCCUUGGCCUUACCCACGUCGCCAUUCAGUUCCCGCUAUACGAGUUUCUCAAGAUGAAGUUUACUGGCCUGGAAAUGGGCCAGACAGACAGCAAGACUGAGGAUGUGCACUGGUUCGCCAUUGCACUGGCAACAGUCUUGAGCAAGAUGACGGCGACUUCGGCGACGUAUCCACACGAAGUCUUGCGCACGCGCCUGCAAACACAGCAACGUUCGCUGCCCUCGCACUCCGACAAUCAUGUGUCGUUUCGAGGAGGUCAGCACGACCGAUUCCAUACCCGCCCUCCUGGCACGGCUUCGUCGGAUGGAAUGAUAAACCUCCCCCGCUAUCGCGGCAUCUUGCGAACAUGUACAGUCAUCCUCCAAGAAGAGGGAUGGAGAGCCUUUUACAAUGGAAUGGGCACCAAUAUGGUCCGUGCUGUACCUGCCGCAGUCACGACCAUGUUGACAUUCGAGUCGUUGAAGGCCGUCCACCAGAAGCUGAAGAACGAGGGUAAGAGGAUAGAGCACGAGGUCGAGUGA